GGUCGGCGACCGUUGGAGCGGGAAAUGCUGAGAGAGCUGGACGCGGCGGUGCUCGUGGGUUUCCCUUAGACUUGAGGCGAAGACAGACACGCCGCAGCGGGCUAGGAAGGCCCCAGGCGGCUGCUGAAUAUGGACAGAGCUGCGAGGCCCAGGCCGGCCUCCCUGGGUAACUUCCAGUUCGGAGCAGUGGCCACCGAGACCAUUGAGGACGCGCUGCUGCAUCUGGCCCAGCAGAACGAGCGGGCUAUGCGCGAGGCCGCGGGCCGCCAGGGCCACUUCCGCUUCCGGGAGACGCGCUUCGUGGAGUUCAUUUUUCUGCUGUCUGAACAAUGGUGUCUGGAGAAAUCCGUGAGCUACCAGGCUGUAGAAAUCUUAGAAAGGUUUAUGGUCAAGCAGGCGGAGGACAUCUGCGCGCAGGCCGAGGCCCAGGUGGGGGACAGCGAGCGGACAGAGGCUCGCAACUGGAGGGCUCGGAUGGAGCAGCUCUGCAGCAAGUUUGUCCUCCGCCUGGUGUCGUGUGUCCAGCUAGCCAGCAAGCUUUCCUUCCACUACAAAAUCAUCAACAACCUCAUGGCCUUGCACUUCCUCCAGGCCCUGGGGUAUCCGUACACUAAGGAGGAUCUGCUGGAGUCGGAGCUGGACAUCUUGAAGUCCCUGGACUUCCAGAUCAACCUCUCUACCCCCCUGGAGUACGUGGAGAUGCUCCUGGAAGUUUUAGGGUACAACGGCUGUGUGGUCCCAGCCACACAGCUGCACGCUACCUGCCUGACCCUCCUCGACCUGGUCUACCUCCUGCAUGAACCUGUGUACAAGAGCCUGCUGAGGUCUGCUGUGGGGAACACCACGCCCAGCCAGCUGCAGGGGGAGAAGUUCAGCUCCGUGGAGGAGGACUUCAUGCUGCUGGCAGCGGGGAUCAUUGCGGCCAGUGCUUUCAUCCAGAACCACUCAUGCUGGAGCGAGGUCAUGGGGCAUCUGCACAGCAUCACCGGCAUCGCCUCGGGGAGCAUCGCCGAGUUCUCCUACGCAGUCCUGAUCCACGGCGUCGGAGCCACCACCCCUGGGCGGCAGCAGCCUGCUUCCCCCGUGCAGGCUGCCUGGGAGCGAGCGCCACCGCUCAGGCUCCCACUCCCACUCCCGCCAAGGCGGGCAGAAGGCGCCGAGGCCAACAGCCUCCCACGCUGACGUUCAUGCUCCCAGCCUCUGGGAGCUGAUGGUUGCCAAGUUCAGGCUCGUUCUGCAUGCACCAGGGGAGGGGGGAGGGGGGCAAGUGUGUCCUUUCUGUCUCCUCAGACCGAGACUGUCAAAAAGCCAGGCCGAGGUAGAUCCGUAAUGUUGGUUCGUUUCUAACAAGCGAUUCCUGGCUUUCCUUUAAUUUCAUUAAUGGGGACCAUCAGACAGAGAGAGAAGACUCUGGGUGACUGUCAUAGAGGUCCCCUGUGUCUCCUUUGGUGUAAGGUCCCUGUUCUGUCUGAAAGCGACAUCAUACGUUUUUCCUGCAGGGCUGUUUUCACUCGGAUGUUGGGUUUUUCCCCACUAGUUUUUUAAAAACUGAAACCAAACCACCUUCGCGCUUCACUAGGGUUGCCACACACUUGCCGGGAAGUCAGCUUUCCCAGAACACAGUGUACACGGGGGCCCUCCGUCCAGCUACCACACUACAGCAAACCUUUUAUUACAAAUACAACCUCUCCGAACGGAACGUCCCCAACACACCAGCUCCACGCCCGCACGGCCGGCCCAGCCCGCUGCGGGGAGAGCAGGGCUCCCAGUCAGUGUCGGAGCCGGAGCCAGGGAGGGGAGCAGCGGGCUCAGUCUCAGGCUCCCGCGGGGGCAUCACGUGAUCGCACGCAGAGCGCGGGCACAGCCUGCACGCCGUUCUCGCUGUCAUCCAACGGCGCUCGCACAGCUCUGCGUCCCAGUAGAAACCAGAGUUUCUACUCCGUAUUUAUAUAAGCGCAGGAGGUUGAGAGAGAAAAUCCAGUGAAAGCACAUCAGCUUUGGUUCAACUCGGUUAAAACAAGAAAGUGCAAUGAGUCGUUUUUCAGGGAGACAAAGAAAGGAAGGCAGGGGCAGGAGUCAAAGCCAGGCCGGGGCGGCGGCUGCAGUUCCGGGAACCACUUGCCACAUGUUACCCUAAAAUAAAGCGGCUUUUGGGGA